GAGCGGGCGGCAGGGGGCGCUGUGGGAUCCCUUGACAGAAGCACGGCCCUGUUCGCAAAUACAUUACAUGAGGCCCGAAAUACGCAAACUCAUUGGGGCCCGUAAAGAAAAACACACACACAACAACAACGUCCGUUUGUAUACGUUCAUUUUAAUUCGUGUUAUCCUUUCAGACUUGAACUUAUAGUCGAGGAGGCAUCGUUUAAAGCAUCGUAAAACAAGAUAGUAAUCGGGCUGCACUCAACAAUCCCGCUGUAACCAUGUCUAACCUCAGCAGCAUGUCGGACCAGGAGCUCUCCUCCCUGUUGGACCAGUAUGAAAUCAAACACGGUCCUGUCGUUGGAACUACCCGAAAACUUUAUGAAAAGAAGAUUCUUGAAGCAAUGAGCAAAGAGGAGAAGCAGGGAAAGGUAAAGAAGCCAUCGUCUGACAAGACCUAUUACAGGGAGGAAGAGACAGAAACCUUCAUCCCACAUCCAGCUCACUACACCCCUCCAUUCCGCUAUGAAGCUUUUUCAGAUGGAGCCAGUCGCUAUUCUGACCCACAGACAAAGUACAGCUCUGUGACUGACACGAAAACGUCACCCCUCUCCGAAUCUCUCUGGAAGAGAGGGGACUUUGGAGAUGCAGCCAGUCGCUACUCUGACCCACAGACAAAGUACAGCUCUGUGACUGACACAAAAACGUCACCCCUCUCCGAAUCUCUCUGGAAGAGAGGGGACUUUGGAGAUGCAGCCAAUCGCUACUCCGACCCACAGACAAAGUACAGCGCUGUGACCGACACGAAAACGUCUCCCUGGAAAAGAGAGGGCUUUGGAAACGCAGCCAGUCGCUAUUCUGACCCACAGACAAAGUACAGCUCUGUGACCGACACGAAAACGUCACCCCUUUCUGAAUCUCUCUGGAAGAGAGGGGACUUUGGAGAUGCAGCCAGUCGCUAUUCUGACCCACAGACAAAGUACAGCUCUGUGACCGACACGAAAACGUCACCCCUUUCCGAAUCUCUCUGGAAGAGAGGGGACUUUGGAGAUGCAUCCAGGCAGAUCUACAGCACAGAGGCCACGUACCGAAACGUGUCACACUCUAACCCGCCCCUGCUGACAUCUUCCACCGCGUCAGCAUCCAGGGCAGUUCCAGCCAGCUCCGCCCAGGAAAAGGCUCCGGAGGGAACACGCUCCGUCCCACUCUGGUUCCAGUUCCUGGUUUUCUUGAUGUUUGCUUUGUUUCUGUACUAUGUUUUCAUUAGCAUGGAAACUCCACCCAAAAACCCCUUUGAGAAGAUCAAUUAAGCAUGACCAGACUUUCGUUCCGAGGGCACCAUUCCCAGCAUUCCAAGUUGCAGGUCCUCCACAGCUAAACGGCCCAAGUUUUAGGGUUCUUUUUGGGUUUGGGGGUCCUGUACGCGACUGAAACUCAAACGCAUGUAAGACUGACUUCUGUCAAUGUCCAACUGUGUCUUCUGGUCCUGGUCUCUGUGCUGUCUAUGAAAUGGUGACCAGGGUUAAGCACUAUAUAGCAUACUAAAAGAAACUUAAAUUCAACGACAAACGUUUCGACUAGAAGUCUUUUUCAGUGUCUUCUGAAGUCUUCCGUAGUGGAAACGUUUGCCGUGGAAUGUUAGUUUUCCUGACUUCAGCAUCUACGGAGUGUUUAAUAGCUGUGGAUGAGUUGUAUGGAUUGUAUAAGCUUCCUAAAUAUGGAGAACUGUGAUUCGGAUGUUAAUCUCAGUUGCCUACAUUUUAAAAUGAUUUCUAGCAUUUAAUUCACUUCAGUGGCCCCUGUAGUGGUUAAUUUAAGUUUUCUUAACUUUGGUACAGCACUAUUAGCAGUCCUCCAUGAUGGUCCGCAGGUUUUAAAGUCCCCACGUAUAGUGCGCUGGACAGACUACCAUUUUUUUGUUCCACAGUUUCAUUGGAGUUCUGGAAAGGUCUCUUGUUUAGCACGGAAAGCAUGGGGGUACCUUUAUUUGGUGCGGACCAAUAGUUUUAAUCUUGACAAUUUUUAUUGAUCAAUUAGUCGCACCUGUUUGCUAGUGAUAUGAAAUUGUAUUGAAAGGUAAUUCCAAGUUUUACAAAGUAUUAACAUGCUGCAAAUGUUUCAUAAUGCCAGCUAGUGUUUCAUAUAUAUAUAUAUAUAAAUAUAAUUAAAAAUAAAUGAGGAUGAGUCACACAGCUUGGACGGCACCAGUUUGAACUUUGCUGGGGACUCAGAGGGGUACGUCACAUUGGCUCUGACGGUCCUGGUGUGGGAGAUGGGGAAACCAGCAGAACCCUACUGGCCUGACACAUUCAGAGUGGAUAAAAAGCAGGGCUGGUCUCUGUUCUCCAGGAUCGGUAGCCCGUCCACCUCUGCUCUGGAUUUCUCGAUGUAAAAGCGAUUCUGGCUUUAGGCUUGUGAGAUGGGAGGACGCUCACACACCGUCAGAACGUCUAUGCUGUGCGGGGACUCGCUGCGGUGAGGAGAACAAAUUGGGGAGGGUGAAAUAAACCAAAAUAAUAAUUGGUAACUAUAAAUUAAACAAAAAAAAAACUAGUGCGGACCAACAUGGCGUAGCAGGCUUCUGAGUAGCGUACCUUUUCAUAUUUUCUAAAAGGAUAGGCGCGUUUUCAAAAUGAAAAGGCGGGCAGUGACAAUGCUGCUAUAUCUAUAAAAGGUUAAAGCAAUGGAUUUCAUUAGCAUGAAACGAGUGACAGUUCUACGUUCUGCAAUCUUCGGUUUGCAAAUGAGGAACCGUAUUAAAAAAAAAAAAAAAAAAAAAAAAAAGAAA